CUGCGCCGAGGCUCUCCUCCAGCCGGACUGAAGCGAUGCUGCGAGGCUGAGAUGAUGGAGAGCUCGCUCGCAGCUGCCCAGGCUCUCUGAUACAGCGCCUCUUCACAAGGAUGGACGGCAGUGUCUUCCCCGACCAAGAGCAGCUGCUGGGUUUCCUGAAAAAGCUCAAAGAAGUGUUCGACGUGUGCGACGAGGACGCAGACGGAUAUAUUCGUGUUGAGCACUUCGUGGACCUCGGUCUACAGUUCGGCCAGGGAGAUGAAGUGGAGAAGUUGGCCAAGUACCUGGAUCCCAACGCUCAUGGCAGAAUUAACUUCAAAGAUUUCUGUCAUGGAGUGUUUGCAAUCAAAGGCUGUGAGGAGAUCCUGAAAUCAGCUCUUGGGACCCCCAACAUCAGUGCACAACCAUACCAGACGGACAAUGGCUACUACUAUCAGCACGGGGAGGGGCGUCUGGGACCCCCGAUCAUUGUGUGUACGCGGCCGUACCCAGAGUGCCAGCUCUAUUCUGAUGAGGACGCAAUGGGCGGACGGGACGUGCAGGAGGCAGACAUGGACAGUGCAGGAGACAGCGGGGCAGGGUCCGAAUCUUCUGAAGGAGGACGUCAUGAUGAGAAAGGAGGAGGACUGGGAGGACUCUUUCUGCGUGGAAACAAGUCAGCAUCAUUAAUGAUUAGCUGUGGUCAGAUGGUGUCGUCAGCAGCCGCUUCAGUGAUCUCAGUGGAGGAGCAGUUUGAGGACUAUGGAGAGGGAGAAGAUGUGGACUUCACUCCCAGCAGCCCCAUCCCUGAUGAUGACACACGCACCAAUGGUUUCUCUGACUUGGGCUCCUCUCUGCCCUCCAGUGCGGGUCAGACCCCUCAGAAGAUCAGGCACCUGUACAACAGCGAGCUUCUGGAUGUUUACUGCUCUCAGUGCUGCAAGAAAGUCAACCUGCUCAAUGACCUAGAGGCAAGACUCAAGAACCUCAAAGCUAACAGCCCAAACAGGAAAAUUUCCAGUACAGCCUUUGGUCGACAGCUCUUCCACCACAGUAACUUCAGCAGCAGUCAGGGCAGCACAGAGGACCUGUUCAGAGACAGCAUCGACUCAUGUGACAUUGACAUCACCGAGAAGGUGAGUUAUUUGGAAAAGAAGAUAACAGAGCUUGAGAAUGACAGUCUGGCUAAUGGAGAUUUGAAGUCCAAACUUAAACAGGAAAACACACAACUAGUUCACAGGGUACAUGAGCUGGAGGAGCAGAUCAAAGAUCAGGAGACGCGUGCGGAGCAAGGUUUAGAGGAGGAGCUGAAGAGACACAGAGAGGCCUACAGUAAGAUGGAGAGAGACAAGAGUACUGAGAUUGAAAUGCUUAGCAACAGGGUCCAGCAGCUAGAAGAGGAGAACGCAGAGAUGAAAGUGAAUGUGUGCAGACUCAAGUCUCAAACUGAGAAACUGGACCAGGAGAAGCAGCGUAUGACAGAUAAACUGGAAGACACAAGCCUGCGUUUGAAGGAUGAGAUGGAUCUGUACAGGAAAAUGAUGGAUAAACUUUGGCAGAACAGACAUGAGUUUCAGAAGGAGCGAGAGGCCAUGCAGGAGCUGAUUGAGGACCUGCGGCGUGAACUGGAGCACCUGCAGCUCUUCAAACUGGAGACUGAGAAGCCCGGCCGUGGACGCAGCGCCGCAGGACUGUCCGAGUACAACGCCAAGACUCGAGAGAUCGAACUGGAGCAUGAAGUAAAGCGGCUUAAGCAGGAAAACCAUAAACUCAGAGACCAGAACGAUGAUCUGAACGGACAGAUUCUCAGCCUCAGUCUUUACGAGGCCAAAAACCUGUUCGCAUGUCACACCAAGGCCCAGUCACUGGCAGCAGAGAUCGACAAUGCCUCCAGAGAUGAGCUGGUUGAUGCUUUGAAAGAACAAGAGGAGAUCAACUUCCGUUUAAGGCAGUACAUGGACAAGAUCAUCCUGGCUAUCCUCGACCACAACCCCUCCAUUUUAGAGAUCAAGCAUUAGGCUCCUGAGAGCGGAUAGAGGACUCACACUCGGCAGAGAGCUCCCCCUUCUGGACAGGGGUGUGAAAUGCACCGCGUCUGCCCCCUCACACCAAGUCAUCAUGUAUUUACAGAGCAAAAGAUCAUGUUUCUCGUGUGCUCCAUCUCACACAUGGGUCACGGUCUCCGUCACUAUUCAUGUCAUCACGCUGAGCGUUUAGGCUGUAGAACUGACAAAAACAUGUGCUGAAACUAGAAACUAGAGUAGAAGUGUACUUUUCACUCUCAGUUAUAUACACACUACCUCUGAGUAUGUACAACUCAGUGUUGUAUUCUACACAUGAACAAAACAAGUAGACUUAUAUUAAAUAUCACACCGUGUAGGAGAGCUUUACAUGCACCCUAUGGCAUGUGUGGGGUUUGUUAAUAUUAUUUAAGCAUUUAAUCAGCCCUCAAGAGUUUCUUUCAGUUUUAAUCAAUGGACUGGGCAACGGGAAGACAUACUGUAAUAAUCAGCAGAUAAGGGGACUUCUUUUGAAUGUUCUCUGCCAACAUACAUUGUGGUCUGCUGUUGAAACAAUAAUAAAAUAAUGCCAGUCCAUCCCAAGAUCCCAACACUGCUGUUAAUGGCUGAUGCUUUUAGUCUGGCUGAAAUGAUCUUACAGCUUCUAACUAACUAACUAACUAACUAACUAAAGGGUCUGUGCUGACCAUCAGCUUCCUUUCUGUAGAGAAGCACAGGUGAACUAAGUGAGUACAACCGACACAGUUAUACAAUAUAGUAUAUACGUAUAGAAAGACAACUCGAUUGAAAAUGUCAAAAAAGAAAGGUUUAUUUUUCUUAGAUGUUUGGAUGAAAUGGUCCGCUGAAGUUUAAGGAAGAGAUGGAUGUUAUAAAUAAUGAAUGAGAGGUAAAUGAUUAUGAUAUAAUUAUGUCUUCUUGUUGAACAAGAACUAUAAAAGUCCCCCAAAUGAUGGUCAUAAUACAGUCUGCUUUAAACAUUUAGAUCAGGGUCAGUGUCUGUACUAGAACAAUGCAUUGUCUGAAAUAAAAAAAACAUAUGCAAAUCCAUAUAUAAAAAGGUAUAUAUAUAUAUAUAACCGUUAAAAAGUUUGAGGUCAGUAAGAUUUAUUUUAAACAAAUGUAUUCAGCAUAGAUGCAUUAUAUUGAUCAAUAGUGACAGUAAAGACAUUUAUAAUGUUACAAGUGAGUUUGAUUUAAAUCUAUUCUGCUUUUUAAACCAUUAAUGAAGAAUCCUCCAAAUAUUAAGAAAUGUUACUUGAGAAGAAAAUCAGCAUAUUAGAAGGAUCUCUGAAGGAUCAUGUCACACUGAAGACUGGAAACUGUAUUGUUAAUCAAAAUAAAUGUAGCCUUGGUGAGAAAAAAAGACUUCUUUCAAAAAUGGUGAAUCUUACUGAUCUUAAACUUCAUUGUUUUUUUUUUGGUCUUGGUCACUUGGACGAUAUUGUACAUCAGAGCCAUGGGUAAAGGAAGCUGCACAUUUAAUAAAAGUGCUUGAACUGUACAUCUCAUGAAUGUAUCGCCAUGCCACACUAUUCUGUAUUCCCAUAUUACCACUUUCCAGAUUUAGCUAGUCAACUACUAUGUGAAUCAGUGUUUUCAAUUCUUGUGUAGUUUGGGAAAGGAGCCAAUACUACUACAUGCUCGAUUGUCACAAACUAGUUUUGCUUUGUUGCACAAAUUAUACUGAAUCUGUUUCCUUGCAUGGUCUUAAUCUCUUUCUGUUUCUGCUCUUUAUUUGGAAUGUAACAGUUAAUGUUUCGGUUGUUUCAAUAACUAUUAAUCUGAUCGGUUCUAGAGGAACUUUUAUAUCUUUCUGUUCUCUUUGUGUUGUAGCAUUUUUCACUCAUUGUAAAUGUUGUACAGAAACUAGUUAAUAUUUGUAUUGAUGUACCACUCAUCAACCUUAAUGAAUAAAAGAAAGGCUGUCUUUUAUACAGUUUUAUGAGAAAU